AUGUCUCUUGUCCCUCUCUUUAUUGCCAUCGUUCAUUGUGUUUUUUGUUCGUGUCCUCUUGUCCCACUCUAUUUUAUUGCCAUCGAUCAUUGUGUUUUUCCUCGUGUCCUCUUGUCAUUCUUUUUAUUGCCAUCUUUUCCAUUGUGUUUUUGUUCAUGUCCUCUUUCCCCUCUAUUUAUUCCCAUCAUCAUUGUGUUUUUGUUCGUGUCCCCUCUGUCCCCAUUCUAUUUUGUCCAUCCCUCGCUCAUUGUGUUUUUGUUCGUGUCCUCUUGUCCCUCUAUUUAUUGCCCAUCGCUCAUUGUGUUUUUGUUCGUGUCCUCUUGUCCCUCUAUUUAUUGCCAUCGCUCAUUGUUUUUUGUUCGUGUCCUCUUGUCCCUCUAUUUAUUGCCAUCGCUCAUUGUGUUUUUGUUCGUGUCCUCUUGUCCCAAUCUAUUUAUUGCCCCUCGCUCAUUGUGUUUUUGUUUCCCUCCUCUUGUCCCUCUGUUUAUUGCCCUCGCUCAUUGUGUUUUUUAUUCCUUUUUGUUCAUUCCUCGCUUUUCCUCUUGUCCCCUCUAUUGCCCUCCGCUCAUUGUGUUUUGUUCGUGUCCUCUUGUCCCUCUAUUUUAUUGCCAUCGCUCAUUGUGUUUUUGUUCGUGUCCUCUUGUCCCACUCUAUUUAUUGCCAUCGCUCAUUGUGUUUUUGUUCGUGUCCUCUUGUCCCUCUAUUUAUUGCCAUCCUCAUUGUGUUUUUUGUUCGUGUCCUCUUGUCCCCUCUAUUUAUUGCAUCGCUCAUUGUGUUUUUGUUCGUGUCCUCUUGUCCCACUCUAUAUUUAUCCCUCGCUCAUUUUUUUUGUUCGUGUCCUCUUGUCCCCUCUAUUUAUUGCCAUCGCUCAUUGUGUUUUUGUUUUCGUGUCCUCUUGUCCCCUCUAUUUUUUUUUUAAUUUCCCUCCUUUCUAUUUCCUUUCAUUGUUUUGUUCGUGUCCUCUUGUACCAUCGCUCAUUGUUUAAUUUCAUCGCGUCAUUGUUGUUUUUUGUUCGUGUCCUCUUGUCCCCUCUCUAUUUAUUGCAUCGCUCAUUGUGUUUUGUUCGUGUCCUCUUGUCCCUCUAUUUAUUGCCAUCGCUCAUUGUGUUUUGUUCGUGUCCUCUUGUCCCCUCUAUUUAUUUUGCCAUCGAUCAUUGUGUUUUUGUUCGUGUCCUCUUGUCCCUCUCGCUCAUUUAUUUUUUGCCCUCGCUCAUUGUGUUUUUGUUCGUGUCCUCUUGUCCCCUCUCUAUUUAUUGCCAUCGCUCAUUCUUUUUGUUCGUGUCCUCUUGUCCCUCUCUAUUUAUUGCCUCGCUCAUUGUGUUUUGUUCGUGUCCUCUUGUCCCCACUCUAUUUAUUGCCCUCGCUCAUUGUGUUUUGUUCGUGUCCUCUUGUCCCCUAUUCUCUAUUUAUUGCCCUCGCUCAUUGUGUUUUUGUUCGUGUCCUCUUGUCCCACUCUAUUUAUUGCCCUGCCCAUCGCUCAUUGUGUUUUUGUUCGUGUCCUCUUGUCCCUCUAUUUAUUGCCAUCGCUCAUUGUGUUUUGUUCGUUGUCCUCUUGUCCCCUCUAUUUAUUGCCCUCGCUCAUUGUGUUUUGUUCGUGUCCUCUUGUCCCUCUAUUUAUUGCCAUCGCUCAUUGUGUUUUUGUUCGUGUCCUCUUGUCCCACUCUAUUUAAUGCCAUCGCUCAUUGUGUUUUUUUCGUGUCCUCUUGUCCCCUGCCAUCGCUCAUGUUUUGUUCCUCGCUCAUUGUGUUUUGUUUUGUGUCCUCUUGUCCCUCUGUUUAUUGCCCUCGCUCAUUGUGUUUUUGUUCGUGUCCUCUUGUCCCCUCUAUUUAUUGCCAUCGCUCAUUGUUUUUUGUUCGUGUCCUCUUGUCCCCUCUAUUUAUUGCCAUCGCUCAUUGUGUUUUUUCGUUCGUCCUCUUGUCCCUCUAUUCAUUGUGCCAUCGCUCCUCUUCUCCCAUUAUUUGUGUUUUUUAUUCGUGUCCUCUUGUCCCUCUAUUUAUUUCCAUCGCUCAUUGUGUUUUUGUUCGUGUCCUCUUGUCCCCUCUAUUUUAUUUGUGCCCCUCGCUCAUUGUGUUUUGUUUCGUGUCCUCUUGUCCUCUAUUUAUUGCCAUCGCUCAUUGUGUUUUUUUUUGUUCGUGUCCUCUUGUCCCCUCUAUUUAA